AUGCGGGGAAGGCUGAAGAAGAGAAGACCAUUCAAUAUCAACAUCGUACUUGAAGACUCGUUAUCUCGCGCGCACUUUUACAGAACUCUGUUAAAAACUGCGUCGACUUUUAGAGAUAUUGUUUCUAAUCAAACAAUUCCAUCGACUCUGCUGGAGUUUGAAAAAGUUCAAGCUUAUGGGUCUACCACGUUUAACAACCUCAAGAGACUUUUCACAGGACAGAAAUACAACAAAGUUAUCGACAACUGCAAAUAUACUGUCGAGGAAUUUAAAGCAAAUGCUAGCAUGUUCAAUUGUACAUACGGAGUCGAAGAGAUGUUUGCUCGAUAUAAAAACGCUGGAUAUAGCACACUGCUUCAAGAGGAUAGCUGUUGGCGCGACGCGUGGGGCUCGCUCAUGGAUCCACGCAGAUUCUUAGACCCAAUUAAAAACGACAUGGAGCGGCUUAGCAGAUGGAAGGAUUUUGUUCAGCUUGUUCAACUAUCGGGUCGUGGAAAGGUGGUUGAUGAUUAUGGGAUGUCCAUAUUAUCUUGUGAUGUGUAUGGAGAGUUUAAAGUGACAAACCCAUACAGUUCGAAAACUGUUCCAAACGUUUGCUUCGCCGGGAGGUAUUAUGCAUCAUUCUUCUUGGAGUAUGUGAAAAAGUACACAGAGCUCAAUGAUAUGGCCGAUCAGCCGUUCAUAGCGUAUACACAUGUGUUGACAUCACACGAUACUAAUGGAAGACGUAUAGUCAAUGAUGACGAAAGUCUGUCAGAGUUAUUUCGACACGCAGCACAUUUACGAAACACUUUGACGAUCUUUGCCUCAGACCAUGGCGCAAAAGGGACUGAUUUUUCAGCAUAUUCAACACAAGGAAGAGAAGAGGUCUUCCAACCUUUGUUGUUUAUGAUCAUUCCACACAAAGUCAGCAAGUUGCUUGGUUCAGAAGCAAUGAAUGCAUUGGUGCUCAACCAAAAUCGUUUGGUAGGCGUUGAAGAUCUGUACAAUUCAUUGGUCUCGAUUAUAGAACCUCGCGUGAAAAAACAGGCGGAAAACGCAGCCUUUAAUCCAGAAAACUCCAACCUGGACACAGAUCCUAACGCAAAACAUUUGGCUCCGUACCCAGGCCCAAUUCCUCAAAUUGCGGAAGAAGACGAAGGACUUGAUGGUCCUCUUAUGAAAUCACAACUGCGAGGUUUGUUUAAACCGGUACCUUUGAACCGCACUUGCGAGGAAAUGAAAAUAAUUCCAAUUGCAUUAUGCCUGUGCGAUGGUAUGGAUAAAACUGUGUCGAGCAAUUCUCCAUUGGCUAUAUGGGCGGCUGAAUUUGCUGUGGGAACCUUAAAUAACAGAAUUCAGGAACAGUACACAAAGUCUAAACAAGGAAGAAUGGCUACGUCAGACUUCUUUGGUUACGGCGCAUGUCAGCGGUACGUAGCCACAGGUGUGAAGAAUGCGCGGCACGUGGUCGUCGGCAUCGACCAAAAGCUAUUGUUCACUUUACUGGCAAAACCCAUCGACCGAAAGACUGCGGAAAUUUUUGACAUCGAAUUGACGUUUCCUAUAAAAAAAACCCGUGUGACGCGGUUUAAUGAGUACGAAACGUGCUCGGAUACGGGCGUUGAUCCAAAGCUUUGCGCGUGUCAUCCAGACAACACAAACAACACGUUGUGGAGGAAGAGGUUAUUUUUGAAGAUGAUUUCACAAGCGAAAUUCGGUUUGAAACCUCGAACACGUUUCCUUGAAAACCGUGUCUCCUGGUUGUUUUUUGGUUAAAUUGCAAAAUAUUGGUGAACGCUGGCCAAGUAAAAUUAGGACUUACGAAGCGAUCAACCGGUGUUCAAAUGUGACAUACAAUUUAACAAUUUUCUUCAAAGAAGCUUAUACCACUCGGAUUUCAUUAAAAUAUCCUGCAUAUGUCACUCUACUGCCUAAGACAGUCACAUUCCUUUUCACGACUAAAAGCAGUCUUAAAAAUGACAGAGCUAAACCAGUAUUUAGGUUUAAAAAGAGUAUUUUAACGCACUGAUAUUUAAUUAAAUGGUAUUUAAAGUAGCUAAACCAGCAGUAAUCACAGAUUAGUGAUUUGCGUUCGGAAUGUGUUGAUUUUGGUUAACGAUCAUUAACAAAAAUGUUAACAUUAUAACGUCACAGGCUCACAGCGUAUUUGAUUCAAAAGGUUACCCGCAAAAUGAGUAAUUUAACAACAGUGAUGGCUCAUGUGCUAUAAAAAUUAACAACAAAAUGUCAAAAUAGAGC